AUGGCACGCCGAAAGCGUACUCCCUCUGAUCCGGCUUCAUCUGAUGCAUCUCAGAAACGCGUGGCCUUCGAAGUCCCCGCCUCACUCGAACACCUCUCCACCAUUUCACGAGCUCUAGCGACAAGCACUGAUCCCGGCAGGCAAGCUGCCUCUCCAGGUCACUCACAACCUCGACAGCCACAGCCCGGACUGACUUCGUCCCAAUCCUCCUCCGUCGCACCGGCGUCCUUGCUUGCUACGAAUCGUGUAAACCCCACGAAGCAGAUACAAUUCAUUGUUCAGAACCGACCGUUCCCUGAUGCCCAACCCUGGCCUCAGCCUAUGCCACAAACCCAAUCGUACAAUGCCACUUCUACGCAUUCAGCGAGACCGACAAACCAGCACUAUUCCCGCCCUUUACCGUCUACCAGCGAAGUCACACCGAGCGCCGUAGCACCGGCAAACCCUCAGUCGUUCAAUGCAAGCAAACCAGGUUCGGCCACCUCCUCUACACAAGAGCCGGCUCUCAAGCCAGGCGAGACUCCCUCCUUAACGACCCAUCCAAACCUGAUUGCGUCUUUAGUCGCACGAAAGAGAGCAGAAAAUGAGGCACGAGGCUUCCGAGAAAUAUGGGCGAAACGGCAGGCCGAGUAUAAGAUGUCAAAGUCUGCCCAAAGUUCACCGCAGAACGGGUUGAAGGCCGUAGAAAGUGUUGCUCAACAAAAUCCACCAGAUACCGCCUCGAAAUCUCCCUCGACACGGUCUGCACCUAUGUUGUCUCGAGCCAGCGCCCCCAUCAAGGCAGUGGUCGAUACGGCUGCUGCCACAGACAAUAGAGUGUCUGCACCAGCUACAGGAGAUUCAAAAAUGGACAAGGGAGUCCCUGAACGCCGGCGUACAGAGUCUGAUUCCUCGUUCAGCCCUACGUUUCCGUCGCCAGCGACUGGUGCCCCUGAGAAACCCGCGAAUACCGUCGGCCUCAAGGGUACAUCGAAAUCAACAUCGACUUCUAACAAGCGAUACAUGAACAACCCACCGGUACCACAGAGUCAUGAACAUCAGAGAUCACUGCCAACGGCACCUACGUCUACACAGACCAACACCUCCGUAGAGCACGCACCAAUCCCUCCGCUGUUCUCGGAUAAAGGUUUUAGGGAUCAGUCGCAGAGCCAGCCACAGAACCAUAUGAGCGAAGUCGGUCAAAUGGAUCCUACAUACAAAUAUUCACCAGAUGUCACACAACAGCAUGCAUAUCCCAGGAUCCCAAUAUCGAGGCAGAACUCCCAAUCGCAGCUAAAAGCGUACGGCGCUCAACCUCAAAUCUCCUCACAACCACCGGUUACGGCUUCCAACCCGUAUUAUGCUCGAUCUCCCUCUAUGUCCGAGUAUUACAAGAUGGAUAUGCAAACCCAAUUCUAUAGUUCUGACCAGAAUUCAAACACGCAAUCCAACUCGAACGGCUUCGAUGUCGCAGAAGUUUAUGGCCGAUCUUCAACGCCGAUGCACAUGACGUAUACCGGACAUCUUGCACAAAAUCCUAAUGCAUACAUGGCCAGUAUGCCUCCCGCAACAGGACCACUAUCCAGCUAUGGCGCCUCUAUGGCUUCUCCGACAGAACAACCCAAGCUGCAGUCUCAAAGCACCAACACGAUGAUGACAGCUGCCGAUAUGGUCGCUGGUAUCAAUACGAAAUUCAAGGUUGCUACUCAAGACGGAUUCGCUGUUCCUCGGAGGUUUUAG